AUGACUGAUAUAAAGCCAGUAGAUCCACCACAUUGGAUUCGCCCUGAGGAAGUGCAGUUUAAAUUAUUAAAACAGCGGAAAAACGCUCUCCAAGCCCGGAUGAACAGUAAUAAAGUCAACACCAACAAGUCAUUGCUAAACAUAUCAAUCGAAAAGUCACCUUCUAAAUUAGAUAGCUCACAACAACAGAAACGGAAAAACCCCUUUGCAAAAAAUAACUUACACAAGCGGUCUCGUGAAGAAGUCAAACCAGAGUUGGAUGUCAGCUGUGAUUCCAUCCUAUUUGCGCUGAUAAAUCCUAAACCUCCAGAGCCUAAAAAUGUUUUUAUACCUAACGAGGACUCCAGCUCGAAUAUGUCUUUCUCCAGCGUUUUUAACAAACUGGAACUUGAUGAACAGCGAUUCCCUGAACCGGAAUUACCUAAAGGUGAACCCUAUGUCCCAAUAGACUGGACGUUGAACACAAAAAUGCGUUUCAUGUCUCCGAAGCCAUUCGCUUGGAAUGGAAAACUAAAGACGAGUGAGCAGGCAUCUGGAACAACCGGAUUCGUUAGAUGUUUAGACACUGGAGAUCAAGAAUCUACUCUAGACACCAGCCCCAACGCACGGUUUCAUCAAUGCUGUCUAGUUUGGCAACAUCCUUCACUACCCUGGCUAGAGCUUUAUCCCCGCUCGGCAGGCAAAGUAAGCGCAUCCUUGGCCAGUAAUUCAGCGGUAUCAAACAAUCAAUUCAUCAAAGACGCGCUUUUUUCCGAGUGGAGUGAAAGCUUCCGAUCGCUGUUUCAUCUGCUACGUGCAGGACAGUGUCCAUAUUUCUAUGUCUGCGCCAACACAUUCACGGUAUUGUUUCGCGCUGCAGGAAUUUGCGGUAUCUCAGAGGUGCAUGCACUAUUGACACCCACAACUCGUGGAUUCAGACAGUCACUCAAGCAGCAAGAUAUUGAGUACACAAUGCCUCUGCGUACGACAGGAAAAAGACGUUCUGACCUAACUGAUUCCGGGUAUGACACUCUCGACUCAACAACUUCUAAUGGAGAGGAUGUUAAUGAUGAGGACAAUGAUGAUGAUGAUGAUGACGGUAGAGAUAAUAUACUGGAGAGUUUGGGGAUUGAGGCUUCAGAAAUCAAAAGAAUUAAUAAAUGUCAAAAGAGAAUUACUAUGGAGAAGGAAAGCGAAGUUGACGCUUCUAAACACUCGCUUAUUUUCGUCAAAGGCGUUGAAGCACAAGCGCUGUUUAAUUUUUUGAUUAAUUGUAAAUCUGCUGUAGCUAUUACCGGUGCUCUGGCUGGAGUACCACCUACACUGUUAGCUCCUGUGGCUUUUCAUGGCGCGACGCUCAAGCCGUUAAAGGUCAGAGAAAGUGUUGUAAGAAUUGAAAAUGAUAAAUUUCAUUCUUUGGAAAUAAAUGGACCAAUUUUACCACACGUAUUACCAUCACUUUGCUUUCUUAUGAAAUCAAGUCAGCUAGAAAAAUUUUCUGUUAGUUGUGCUCAAUUAAAUUCUACUAAAUCAUUUACUGAUGCAAAACAUGGAUCAGUAACCAAAAAAAUAAUUCGGAACACUCAGAUCAGGACUGAGCGGUUGCUGAAAAAAGUUUCACUUAAAUCUUCAAUAGAAGAGAAAGAAAAUGAAAAGAACCCACCAAGUGUAUUCGGUAAAGAAAAUUUGAGUGAUUGUGGCCUGACUGGAGAAUUAUUGUCGCACUUCUGCAACUCGGAUCCUUCACGUAUUAAAGUGACGGACAAGACCGCGUACGCGGUAGCGACAAUUUCGACGAACUACCCUGAUAGCCAAACCGGUCGCAACUUUCCGUCGAUUUGCUGCCGCAACUUGUCACCAAGUUGGCGGCAAGUCUUGGAAAUGAACUCGGUUGUUCACCAAGUUGUCGACAAAAAUUGUUUUCGAAACUCUUUCGCACCAAGUUGA